AUGAGUAACAUUUACUUUUAUAGACGCCUCUUCUCCAUCACGAUUUCUUCUCCAUCUCCCAUCUUCUUCUCUCUAGCCACAGCCACCAGCUCCCCAGUCUCCACCACCGCCAACUCUCCAUCUCCGACGUCAUCGCUUCUCGACUCGGCUCUCCGAUCUCCACCGCCGCCGCUCUCCGAUCAGGUGCAUGUCAAAUCCUACUCGCUUAUAGUCAUGUUGCUUACUAGGUUCAACAUAAUAAAGUACACUUCUCAAAUUCUUCACCCUUCAAUUUCAUUAAUACCAUUUUCGACGCAACCAAUUUAUCUAUUGAACUCAGAUGACAAGAAACCUACAGAAAACAAUAUCAACAUCCACGAACUCCAUGUCUUGGAUAAAUUGUCUGUUCUUUUACCCAUUCGCCAUCGCAAUAUACAUCCAACUGGAAAACCUACGUCAGAUCCAACUCAACUCAGCAAAAACCUAGAGAUGUUGCUAUCACCUGAAGAUAAGUUGAGAGGGAUUUUCAUUCAGAAGUUGAAUGGGAAAACUGAAAUUAAACGAGCUUUAUCAGCAGCUUCUGUUGAUAUUGAAGUGACUUUUGAUUUAGUUGCUAAUGUAGUGAAUAGAGGGAGUUUAGAUGGGGGAUCUAUGGUUACGUUUUUCAAGUGGGCUAUUGAAAAGGGGAAAGUAUUUGAGGAUGUUGAUAGUUAUAAUAUAGUUCUUAAAGGGUUAGGAAGAAGGAAGUUCUUUACUUAUAUGAUCAAUUUGUUAGGUGAAAUGAGGGAGAAAGGUGUGAACCCUAAUCAUGAAACAUUGUUUAUUUUUAUGGAUAGUUAUGUUAAGGCGAAACAAGUUUCAAAAGCUUUACAUAUGUUUAAGAAAUUAGAAGAAUUUGGGAUGGAGUAUGAUUUGGAGUCUUUGAAAGUCAUGCUAAGAUGCCUUUGUAAUCGGUGUCAUGUAGCCACUGCAAGUUCUUUGUUGUAUAAAAUGAAAGAAAAGGUGCGGCUUGAUUGUGAGACGUAUAAUAUACUACUAUGUGGGUUGUCCAAAUUUGGAAAGAUCAAUGAAAUUGAAAGGGUUUUGAAGGAAAUGGUGGAAGAUGGAUAUGAUCCUGAUAGCUUGACUUUUAGCUACCUUCUCGAGGGCUUAGGGAGAGCCGGUCGAAUCAAUGAUGUCAUUGAUAUCUUUCUGAAAUUGAAAGAGAAGAGAACAUGUGUGUUGAAUGUCAAUCUUUUCAACGCAAUGAUCUUCAAUUUCAUAUCGAUUGGAGAUAUCGAUGAAUCUUUGAAAUACUACAAUCUUAUGUUGAGUAAUAAUUGUGAACCAAAUAUGGACACUUAUAUCUCAAUAAUCUCUGCUUUUCUUAAAGCUCGAAGGGUGGCCGAUGCUAUUGAAAUGUUUGAUGAAAUGAUAGGACGAGGGAUCAUACCGACCACUGGGACUAUAACCUUGUUUAUCGAGUUUCUUUGUAGUUACGGCCCACCACAUGCUGCUAUGAUGAUUUAUAAGAAAGCGAGAGAUGUAGGGUGUGUGGUAUCAUUAAGUGCUUACAAGAUUCUCCUUAUGAGACUUUCAAGAUUUGGUAAAUGUGGCAUGCUUUUAAAUGUAUGGGAUGAGAUGGAACAAAGUGGUUAUUUUUCUGAUGUAGAAGUUUAUGAGUACAUCAUCAAUGGGCUUUGCAACAAUGGUCAACUUGAAAAUGCUGCCAUAGUUAUGGAGGAGUGUUUGAAGAAAGGUUUUUGUCCUAGUAGGCUUAUAUGUGCUAAGUUGAGUAACAAACUACUUGCUUCAAACAAAGUAGAAAUGGCUUAUAAACUAUCUCUAAAGAUCAAAAAAGGUCGCCAUGAUGAAAAUGCACAAAAAUAUUGGAGAGCUAAAGGGUGGCAUUUUUGAGCCUUCACUAAACAAUUGUUUCAUCGUGGUGGCGAAUGUAAAUGACAAGGUUUAACAUAAUUGCUCUAAGAUGAGGCUUUUGUAAAUGACAAUUGUUAUUUUGUAUGACUUUAAAUCUCCAAACAUACAACAAAGAACUUGUAAAGACUCCAAAUCAUAUUCCAUAUUUUUCAAAAGUAUACAAUAUAAGACCGCAUGACCGAUACAAAGGCAUCGCAACAUUACUUUCAAAAACUCCAAAUCAUAUUCCAUCCCAAAUUUUACCAAUUUCUUAAACAUAUGUAAAGCUUUCGAAACUCGCAUGACCUUAACAUAACUAUCCAUGAAAAUAAACAAUGUUUCAUUAUUAUGGUUCAGACCUUUCUCUUUCGCUUCAUCUAACAAAUUGAUCAGAUAGUCAAAUAAUUUCCUUCUUUCUAACACUUUAAGAACUAUAUUAUAGCUAUCAACAUCCCCAAAUACAUUCAUUUGUUCUUGUUUGUGUGCGUAUGAAUGAACGUGUUUGUAUGAGUGACUAUGUGUAGCAACUAUUUUAACUUGAUUGAAGUAGGA